AUGUUAUGAAGGGGCUAUUGCUCAACAGCACCGUGUGGGCGGGGCCGCCCUGCCUCUUAUUACUGCCCUCCUUGUCCUUGCUUGCUUGUAUACUUUAUGGAGCUGCUGCUCUACACCGCUGGUUGUCCUUCACCUCCUAAACGCGGCGCUUGUAUCUUCACCACCGUCGGACUGGAUGCUUGUUGAGGAGUUUCUCCAAACCCCAAGAAAAUAUUACGUUGGAUGUCUGCCCUAAAACAUCUGCAAAGUAAAGUACAACCGUUGGAACAAAAAAAGGUGUGGCCUCUCUCCAUCUCCCUUGUGACCUCUAAGCAUCAUCAAUCCUCCCGCUCGCUGAAGCCUCCAUGGCUUUGCAGGCUCUCAUACACUUUGGUAAACAGCUGCUAAGGGUAAAGGUGGUCAACGGAAACUCGGAAGACUCUCGUCUGUCCAGAUGUCUCGACACCUUCGACCUGGUUGCCCUCGGCGUCGGUAGCACGCUUGGCGCUGGAGUUUACGUGCUCGCCGGUGCAGUUGCACGAGACAAUUCAGGCCCGGCUAUCGUGUUGUCCUUCCUGAUAGCAGCUUCGGCCUCUGUGUUGGCGGGUCUUUGCUAUGCCGAAUUUGGAGCACGUGUUCCUAAAACGGGUUCCGCUUACCUUUACUCCUAUGUGACCGUGGGAGAACUUUGGGCCUUCAUCACUGGAUGGAACCUCAUCCUCUCUUACAUCAUCGGAACAUCCAGCGUGGCACGGGCGUGGAGCGCAACAUUUGAUGAGUUGAUAGGGAAGCACAUCGAGCAGUUUUGCAGGACAUACAUGUCCAUGAGUGCGCCGGGAGUUCUGGCUGAGUACCCUGACAUGUUUGCUGUUUUCAUCAUAUUCACUCUGACAGGUCUCCUGGCGUUCGGAGUGAAAGAAUCAGCGAUGGUCAACAAGGUCUUCACAUGUAUCAACGUUCUAGUCCUGUUGUUCAUGGUGGUCUCUGGCCUGGUCAAGGGCACUAUCAAGAACUGGCAGAUCAACCCUGAAGAGAUCCUCAAUGGCACCUUUACAAGCAACUCAAGUCAGAAUCAGACUGAGGUUCUUCCAACCAAGGAGAUCUUAGGAGCAGGUGGCUUCAUGCCGUUUGGUUUCACAGGCGUCCUCUCAGGAGCUGCUACCUGUUUCUAUGCCUUUGUAGGGUUUGAUUGCAUUGCUACAACAGGUGAGGAGGUGAAGAACCCGCAGAGAGCCAUCCCUAUCGGAAUCGUGUCCUCGCUGCUCAUCUGCUUUGUGGCCUACUUUGGCGUCUCUGCCGCCCUCACCCUCAUGAUGCCGUACUACCUCCUGGACAGCAACAGCCCUCUGCCUGUUGCAUUUAAAUACGUGGGCUGGGGAGGAGCCAAGUAUGCUGUGGCUGUGGGCUCGCUGUGUGCUCUGUCUACCAGCCUGCUGGGUGCUAUGUUCCCUAUGCCUCGCGUGAUCUGGGCUAUGGCUGACGAUGGGCUGCUUUUCAAGUUCAUGGCCGAGAUCAGCCCCCGCACCAAAACCCCACUAAUUGCAACCUUUGCCUCUGGCACAGGGGCAGCUAUCAUGGCAUUUCUGUUUGACCUAAAAGACCUUGUGGACCUAAUGUCUAUUGGAACUCUGCUGGCCUACACAUUAGUUGCUGCCUGUGUGCUGGUUUUGAGGUACCAGCCUGAACACCCCAGUCACAUGUAUGAAACUGUCAGUGAUGACUUGAGCGAUGGCAUCAGCGUCCCCAGCAUGGGCAUGCUGCCCGGUGUGGAGGAGAGGUUCAGUUUCCAUAAUCUGCUCUUUCCAGACCACCCCGACCCUUCGACGCUGUCCGGCUUCACCGUCAACAUUUGUACCUCUGCUUUAGGGUUGUUGAUCCUAGCCUUCAGCAUACUGGCGGUUCAGGCAGGCAUUGCAGUUUGGAACAUGGUGGCUCUCUCAGUCAUCUUCAUGGUGUGUGUUCUGCUCGUCUUCAUCGUCUGCAGGCAGCCCGAGAGCCGAACGCCACUGUCCUUCAAGGUCCCCCUGGUGCCCUUCAUCCCAGUCAUCAGCAUGUUUGUCAAUGUUUACCUGAUGAUGCAGCUGGAUAGAGGCACCUGGGUUAGGUUUUCAGUCUGGAUGGCCAUAGGUUUGGUGAUCUACUUCUGCUACGGCAUUCGUCACAGCACAGAGGGCUCCGCAUCCCACUCCCCUUUAGCCACCGAGAUGAACGGUUUAAAGCUGGAGCACGAACUAGAAACCAUGGCGACAGAAAAAGAGGCCUUUCUGCACGACGGCAUUGACGUUCGGGAAGAAAACGGCAGAGAUUUGUAGAAAUCUUAAAAGGACGCACAGCUUCACGUCGGAGGAGAAGGAGGGUUUCCUUUUGUGGAAAAAUAUGAUAAUCAAACCUCUUCAGGGGUGGGAGGAACGCAGACUGAAAUACAGCUUUGUUUCAAGGUUUAUCAAAAACAGAUAUUCUGUCUUAUCGCUCAUUUUUAGAACAGUAGGUUGGUUUUUUCGUCCCGAUUCAGCUGCACCUUUGAUUCUCUUUGAAAGAUUGAUCAUACAGGAUCCACGGUAAAUGCGUGUUUAUGAUAUGAUAGGGAUAUGAUGGGUUUUAUUCUGUUUAUCAGUGGUUUCCAGCAAACUCUCCUCUACUUUUUAUCUUCUUCUCCUAACCCUUCUAAACACAGACAACAGUAGCUCACACGGUUUCAUGUAUAUUUUCUAAUAAAAGCAAAGUCUUAAUCUGCCUUUUUUUGGCCAUAUUUGUGACAAAAUCCUCCUUCGUGUAGAGGUGAUAGAAAAAAACAACAACAAACGUUUGUUUCGAUCAGUGUUAUGUGCCUUUUUCUCUGUUUACACUCUUUCUCCCUAAAUUAAACAUUGUCGGCCAGGACCACUUCAGAUGAACUCCAAAGAGAUUCUAGAGAGUCUUAGAAACCAGGAUCUUCUUUCUUGCCUGCAGAUUCUGCAUACGGAUCAGCAGAUGCCUGUUUACAGACACAGUACUGAGGCAUGAAGGUUUCUAGGCAGUAAAUGACAGAUUAUCUGAGCCUGAAUGAGUCACAGAGGAUUCACUCUGGCCCAAAACUCAACCGCUUCCUUUCAGAUAUAAGUCGCCAAUCUGUUCUUUUUUGGAAUCCUAUCAGAUUACUGAUUUGUUACAGACGAGGAAGACAUGGCGGUAACAGAUUGUCAGGUAAGAUGAAGAAUAGAUGGUGUUGGAUUUCUGCUGUCAUGUAACUUUUAUUAUUUGUUUAAAUAAAAAUAAAAAAAGCAAAUCUCUCCAUAACAUUCAUCUACGUUUCAGGGUUUCAUACAAUAUCCAUUUUAAAUGUCAACAGCUUCAUCAUUCUGUUUUAAUAUGUUAAUAAAAUAUGCCCUGGAUUAAACAUUUAUGAUUUUAACGAUAUGAGUCUGCAGCAUGUCUUUCAUUUAGCUUUUGCAGACAUUUGUGUUGCCGUCAGUAGUUUUUUUUUUUUUUGGCUCCUGUCUAGAAAAAAUAUUCAAUAAAUGUAAAAAAUAUAAUUAUCUUUACGUUUGAUUACUCUGAAUUAUUUUCCAUUUUACUCCUAUUGUCUACAGAAAAUGAUGUUUAGUGAACGUUUUACAACACUAACUUGCCUGAUCACACUUGUAUAUAAAAUGCAUUGUGUAUAUUUUUUCAGAGUAAACUACUUGCAAGCUGUCAAAGAAUGUGUUUUUGUUGGUAUUUUGAAGCUAUUUAAGUAUUUUGAGUGCAGAUUUUUUAUUCUGAUGUGUAUUUUGGAUUGUUUACAGAUCUGUGUGAAUGAUGUUGCUUCUUUAAUUCACUUUUCUUAGCCUAACAUAAAUAUAAAAAUAAACAAAAAUGUCCUAAAACAUAAAAAACCACGUAAAAUAUAUCUUUAGUGUAGUUUUCAUCCUUCUGAUUUUUCAGAUAUGACUGAAUCUAAAAGGAAUUGUAUUCAUUUUAACUUUUAUGAAAUUAUUGCUUUGAAUACAUGUAUGAAUGACCUUAAAAUGAUCAUUUUUGGGCUGCAGGCUGAGAUUUACCUUUAAAAACCGAUGUUUAAGUAUUUUUUGUAUGUAAUUACAUCUACUUGGUAAUUUCUUUUUCAUCUUCUGUGCUUAAAGUGAUCUAAAACUGUCUUUCUUUAGGGUCUUUUCAAUCACAGUGAGUUGCUGUCAUAUAUAUCUGUGGUUUGGUUUCCCUUCUUGACAAAUGUUUUAUUUUUUUGGUCUUUUUUUAAAAUCUUGGUUUGUUAAAACUGAAAUCUUACAAGUUAGUAUCGAUAGAUACAGAAAGAUUUUUGGGACUCAGAUUUAACAGUAGAGUACAGUAAAUGCCUUCUGGUUGAUUUUUUUCAUUGUCAAAAAGCAGAAUGUGCUUUGGCUAAUCUUGUAAAUAAAGUAAUUUUAGUAUCCUUCCU